AUGCAUUUUUCCAUUCCUGAUUCGCAACAGUUUCACGACGACAAUGGUAUUUCAUAUACGGGCUAUAACAUACACAUUGAUGGCGUUUUUCAUUGCACUGCUCGCUACAAGCAGCUCCUCAGCCUUCACGAACAGUUACAGGCCCAAAACCCUUAUACUAAAUUACCACAGUUUCCGCCAAAAAAAUUGUUCCUGACCAAUUCCCAAUUAGAAGAAAGGAGAGCCUUGUUGGAAAAGUACAUGCAACUUGUUGGCCAGAAUCCUCAGCUUACAGGCUCUGACCUUCUAAUAACUUUCUUAUUCUCGGCUCAACAAGAAACACACAAUGUCAAAAUGCAUGAAGUAGAAAUUGAAAUCUCUUUAAUGAAUGGUUAUAGAAUACCUCUGUCAGUGUCUUCCAUUGACUCGUCAAACACUAUAUUAGACAUUGUAUGUACAUCGGUGAACCUACCUAAGGAGCUGGUCAAGUACUUUGCAUUGUAUCUUUUUAACUGGAGUUGUGCAAAAGAUGGACAGCCAGCAUUGAGGAAAUUGGAAGAAUAUGAAUCUCCAUACAUAUCCCAGAAGUAUGUCAGAGCAGAAGAUAAAAUUGUUUUAAGAAAAAGUUACUGGGACCCCUGUUAUGAUGAUGAUUUAAUGAUAGACAGGGUGUCGUUAGAUUUAUUGUAUCUACAAAUAAUAGAGGAUUUGGAUCUUGGUUGGAUAACAGCAGACCAACAAACAAAACAAAUAUUAUCAUCAUAUGAAUCCAACAAACAGAAAAGAGAGUACAUUGAAUUAGCAAGAACUUUGCGUCACUACGGUCGAGUGCCUGCUGGUGAGGCGGUGACGGAAUCAUCGAACAUGUCAGGGGGCGGUUCCGAUAGCACAUGCCGGGUGCGCGUGUCACUCGCUUCUAAAGAACUGACCUUGACAAGCAUAGACCAGCCCCACAGAGAGCAACGGUACAAAGUUACACGAAUGAGAUGUUGGAGAAUUACAACUUUGCACACUAUGGAAAGGUCACAAACACAAAACGGUCAUGGUCCUUUGCUCGAAGACCCGAGCAGAAACUUCGAGCUGUCGUUUGAAUAUCUUAUUAGUAAAGACAAUUUGAAAUGGAUAACCUUGAGAACGGAACAUGCAACUUUUAUUAGCGUUUGUCUGCAGUCGAUUGUGGAUGAACUGAUGCGGCAGAAAGACUGCAAGGGUCCGGCGUCGCCGCAGUACACAAAGCGCGGGAACUUCACGUUCGUACGACUCGACGGAUCUAGCCAGCUCAUCACGCCUUCCUCUUCGAGCGAUACCCUCAGUUCUACCAAUGGCGAUUCUUACAAUUCUGGAAGUUCGCGAGAACUAUUUUCGGUGCAGAAACUCACAGAGAAGUUUGCCACCGUCUCUUUCAAAUCUGGUAGAGACUGCGUAGAGAACAACGCGUUCGAGGCAAUAGGAGACGAAGAACUAUAA